CACCGGGUGUUGAUUUGCGAUUCAAAUUCGCGCGAACUUGGCGGGUGGACGAAGACACAAACUCUCGGCAACCUGGCUCCGGCACGGGGAAGCGGUGCAAUCUACACGCUACUGCUGCUGCUGGUUGUCAGCUGUACGCUAGCGACCGCAGCCCGCAACAACUUCCUGCGCCACGAUGACGCUCUGCCGAAGGGCUGCACCUGGACCGGUGCCGUACUGGAAGUUUCGCAGGAGAAAAGAUCGGACGAGCUGCAGUGCAAAAUCAAAACCAUAACCAAGACCGAGAGUCUGCUAGCUAAUAUAAGUAGUUAUCAAAUUGAUAGGAUAAAGUCGCUGAAGCUAGAAUGCAACGACAUUAUGUUCUUCGAAAGUUCCUUAGAAUCGACGACGACGCCAGGCAACUUUCUCGGCAAUCUGAACAGCUUGCUGCGGCUGUCGAUCGAGUACUGCAAGAUUAAGUACAUCCCAGCGAUGGCCUUUUCCAACAUGAAGGUGCUAAAGAGCCUCACCCUGAGCACGCACAACAUUGACUGGUCUGUGAUGAAUUUGGAGCUGCAUCCGGAUAGCUUCCGGGGGCUUACCGAGCUUAAAGAGAUGCACCUGGCGGACAACAACAUCUGGAGUCUACCGAACGAAGUGUUCUGCCCGCUGUACACACUAAAAGUGUUGAACCUGACCGGAAAUCGACUGAGUGACAUGUCCCAGCUGGGGCUGUCCGACUGGGGCAAGGGCCCAAUAGCACCCGGUAAGGCGUGCAACACCGGGCUCGAAGUGUUGGACUUGUCGGGAAACGACAUCACUCUAAUGCCCGAUAAUGGCCUCUCGGCGCUAAGGUCGCUAAACGCGCUCUAUCUUCAGAACAACCUCGUGAAGGAAAUCGCAGACCGGGCGUUUGUCGGGCUCGGAACGCUUGAAAUUUUAAACCUCUCCAACAACAAGCUUACCGCGCUCACUCCCGAGCUGUUUCAAUCGUCCCGCAAGAUUCGUCAGGUUCACCUUCAGAAUAACUCACUCUCGGUGCUGGCGCCGGGCGUUUUUGAAGGGUUGGAUCGGCUGGAAACGUUGGACCUUUCCCGGAAUCAGCUGACCUCGACGUGGAUUAAACGGGACACGUUCGCCGGCCAGGUGCGACUGGUAGUGCUCAAUCUCGGCUACAAUCACCUCUCGAAGGUGGACCAGCAUGUGUUCAAGGGGCUGUACAGUUUACAGAUUCUCAACUUGGAGCACAACGCGAUUGAGUUGGUAGCGGAUGGUGCGUUUAGUGAUUUGAAAAAUUUGCAUGCCCUGUUUCUGUCGCACAACCGGCUACGGCAGAUUGAGCCGUACCACUUCAGUGAGCUGUACGUUCUGAACCAGCUCAUUUUGGAAUCCAAUCAGAUUGUGUACAUCCACGAGCGUGCCUUUGAGAAUUUAACGCACUUGCACGAUUUGAGCUUGAACGACAACCGGCUGGAGGAAAUUCCGAGCGGGAUGAAGAGUUUGAAGUUUUUGCAAUCUCUGGACCUGGGCAAAAAUCAGAUAACGGAAAUAAAUAAUUCCUCGUUCGAGGGGCUGGAAGAGCUGAUGGGACUGCGGCUGGUGGACAAUCAGAUAACGGAGAUUUCCAGAGAUACGUUCUUCGCGCUAUCGACCAUACACGUGCUGAACCUGGCCAGCAACCGGAUCCGGCACGUGGACCAGUCGGCGUUCAGCUCUAAUCCGACGCUGCGGGCGAUUCGACUCGAUAAUAACGAGCUGGAGGAUGUGGCCGGCGUGUUUACGUCGCUCUCGUCGCUGGUGUAUUUGAAUAUCUCGGACAACAACAUUGGCUGGUUCGACUACUCGCACUACCCGCAGUCGCUGGAGUGGUUGGACAUCCACAAGAACAACAUUUCCGAGCUGGGCAAUCGUUACGAUGUGGGAAAUUGGUUCCAGCUCAAAAUGCUGGACGUGUCUCACAACCGAAUCAAGCACAUCAACACGAGCUCGUUUCCGAAAAAUAUCGAAACACUGCUGCUGAACAACAACCAGAUUGAGGAGAUUGCCCCUGAGACCUUCGCCGGCAAGGAGAACCUGGUGAAGGUGGUGCUUUACGGUAACCACUUGCGCCGGCUGGAAAUGCCCUCGCUGGCUCUCACGCUCGUCCCGGACACCCGAACCAUGCCGGAGUUUUACAUUGGUGAUAAUUUAAUUCACUGCGACUGCAGCAUGGAAUGGCUACAGCGGAUUAACGAGCUGAGCUAUCUGCGGCAGUACCCGCAAGUGAAGGACCUGGACUCGGUCAUGUGCACGAUGGAGCACGAACGGGGCGAACUGGUGCGGCCCCUGACGGAGAUGAAGGCAAGUGAGUUUCUAUGCAAAUACGAGAGCCAUUGUUUCGCGACGUGCCACUGCUGUGAUUUUGACGCUUGUGACUGCAAGAUGACGUGCCCGGACCGGUGCAGUUGCUAUCACGAUACGGCCUGGGAGUCGAACAUUGUGGACUGUGGCAGCGCCGGGUUGACGGCGAUUCCGAGCAAAAUCCCGAUGGACGCCACGGAUAUCUAUUUGGACGGGAAUAAUUUCGGUCAGCUGGAAAGUCACGUCUUCAUCGGGAAGAAAAAGCUCAAAUCACUGUAUCUGAAUAAUAGUCACAUUGACGAGUUGAAUAAUAAAACGUUUGGUGGAAUUCCGGCCCUCACGGUGCUGCACCUGGAAGGCAACGGGCUGGAACGAAUCAGCGGAGCGGAGUUUGAGCAGCUGAGGGAGCUGAAGGAGCUGUACCUGGACCACAACGCCAUCGAGGCCAUCGGAAACAAGUCGUUUUACUAUCAAAAGUCGCUGGAGGUGCUUACGAUGGCGGACAAUCGGCUGGCCGAGCUGAAGCCUUGGGAGCUGAUGCCACCGGGCGGUACGUUCCGGCUAAUCUCACUAAGUGGCAAUAAACUGAGCUGUGGCUGUGAAUCGAUUGGGAAGCUGGUGGACUGGGCCGAGCGGCAGUUUAACGAAACGAAUGGGCUAAGUGAAUUUCAGUGUACGAACAAUAAAUUAGUGAAGGACGCGAUUAAGGAAUGUGAGAGUCACAAGAGUGCCCCGAUAGCGACCCCGACCGUGCAGCGGACGAUUAUCGAUAAUGAUUUUAUAGACUAUUUGCCACUGUUGAUUGCCGUGCUGGCCGGGCUAGUGCUAACGAUUCUGCUGGUGACGUUGGUGUUCAUCUUCCGGAACGAUUUUUGCCUGUGGGCUCACUCGCGGUACGGCGUACGAAUCUGCAAGGAUCCGCUGAGCGCGAUGGAACGCUGCGAGGACAACGAGAAGCUGUACGACGGUUAUCUUAUCUACAGCUCGGCCGACGCCGAUAUGGUAACUAGUCAAAUUGCCCAGGAUCUGGAGCACAGUGGGUACGCGAUGUGUCUGCACUACCGGGACAUCCACUCGGCGGCCUUUUUGGCCGAUUCACUGCAGGGGGCGGCGGACGCUUCCCGCAAGCUAAUCCUCUUCAUCAGCGUCAAGUUCUUGCAGUUUGAGUGGUCUCAGGCGGAAUUCCGGGCGGGGCUGCAAAGCGUGCUGGAGCUAAUCCGACCGUCCCGGCGGAGGCAAAAGCUCAUCCUGAUCACCUCCGUGCCCCAGUCGAUGCUCUCGAUGGACCCCAUCAUGGACAUCCUCACGCGAACCUGCACCGUAAUCGCGUGGGACGAUCGGCGCUUCUGGGACAAGCUCCGCUUUGCCAUGCCGGACAUUGGCAAAAACUCCCCUGUAAAUAAGGCGCCCCAUCGCAAAGCCAUCAACAUCCGGUACACCCCGGCCCCGACCAACCCCUCCGCGCCGCCUCCCCCCACCGCCACCUGGCCCAAGCGGCUCAACUCGGAGGUGUGCGUCCAGUACCCGCAGGCCCCACUCCACUCGCCCAACCACAGUACUUACAACACCGAGGACGAACUUUCGACCGCGUCCUCACCGCAGUACGAGGCCCCGUCGCUUCAUCACGCAAUGGGUCCUCCCUACCACCACCAGAAUCACAUUCCACUGCAGCAACAGCAGCAGCAGCAGCAGUUCCACCAUGGACAGCAGGUCAACCAUUCGCCACACCUGCAGCACACCUUCCCUCACCACAUGGCUCAACCCCAGCACCACCCACACCAUCACCAGCAGCAACAGCAGGGCUACUACCGGUCCGGCAAGUCCAACGGAGGCAGUGCUGCCAACACGCUGGGCCACGUGUACUCGACCAUCCCGGAGUCGCAGUACAACACGCAUCACUCCCUGAGGGGCGGUGGCGGUGGAGGCGCCGGCGAUAGCAAUCGACCGUACUUUGUGUAAUAUUUACUCUACUUUUUAGGGCCGUUUUUCAAAUCUAUUACACUUCUUUCAUUACUCGCUCGCUCUCUCUCGCCGUGUCUGACUGUCUGACUCAUAAAACAGCACUCAUAACUUUAGGGUAAAGUCAUCUAGGAAUACGCCACUUUUCAUCCUCACUUUAUCGUUCAAUCGUAUACUCGCUUUUUAAAUAGGGCGCGCGCGCUUUUGCAAGUUUUAAGAAAAGUUGUGUAAAGGGCCGAAAUGUGAAUAAAAUUGUUUAUUACUCUCUUUCUUGUACUAGGUAGGUUAGGGUCAAACAGAAAACGAGAAAAGACUUAUUUGAUUAGAAACUUAACCACUCUCUCUCGUGCGCAGCUCGUUUUGUGAGUAUGGCACAUUCGUUUGAAAGUUCGUUUCGCACUAAGUGAUGUAAAUUAUUUUUAAGAAUGUGACACUUUCGGUAACAACCCAAUGAAGCUGUUAGUCUCAUUUCAACUGAUAAGAAAUUGAGAAAAACAGUUCAAUUGAGUUGAAACCGAACAUGAUCGAGAAAUGAAGUUUUUCAAAUGAAUGUGCCAUAAUCAAACUGAAUUUCGUGUUUCAAGUAAAUUGAUUUUUACCGUGGACAGACCACACUAUUUCAACAUCUUCGAGUACGCCAACUAGCGUAUGUGUGAUAAAGCAGCAGCACUGUUGUGGUCCCUCCGCUAGACCACACUAAAUUAUAAUGAAACGGUUUGUUGAUUUGUUUUAAUUGAAAGUGACCGCAUCUCGGUCUGUGAGCCGUUCGUCGUGCAGCAACGUCUUCAGUGAACCCUUUUCUUGACGCUUCAAUUACACGAUGCGAUAGUGGUUUCAGGGGACGGAACCCGUGCCGACGGAACAACAAUGACGGACAUUAUCUGGCAGUGUUUUGGGGAUCGCGGGUUGGGACAGCGUUGACGUUCCGCUGAGUCAAACGUCAAAGAAUGAAGUGCUUUCAAUUUUUGAACUUUCAAAAAUGAGAAAACGCUCAAAAUGAUCUUUUGGUUAUGAUCUGAUUGAGAGCAGACUGUUUAUAUGCAGUUUUGAAACAAAUGAUAACAAGAAUGAGUGAAAAUCCAUUUUUCUAAUCUAAUCUAAUGUAAUCAGACCCUAGCGCAGCCAAUCUUUCGAAGGGAUCCUGGAGAGUGCCUUAGGUUAGAUGACGCCUAGCACUCUUCUUGUCAUUUAUUAACAUUUGUAGUGCGCCAUUGCAUCGGAAUGCAUUGAAACAACACAAGCGUUAAAGCGGCCAGGCCUACUGCGUAAAGCCGUAUCGCAGAGAUGACUCGUAAUUGGGUUGAGUUUGAGCACUGAGUGUUCGAACAACAACACAAUUCUGAAUCGACAGGGGAGGAAGAAGCGUGGGGACACACCACCAUACGCUCCGAGAUUUUAGUUCGUUGGGAGCACCAUGCUAAGAAGGUUUGGUACUCCGGGACCCUCUGGGAUGGGACAUUGUAUUUCCACGAAUGCCCUGGACACUAUUUGCCGUGGUUAUAGCGCCACAACUCGCUCUCUGUAACAGUAUUCCUAAUUCCAGUCCACGCUCACCAAGUCGACAUGGCCUAGUGGUUAGCAUUUUUGCUUACCAAUCCAAAGGACGGGGGUUCGAACUCCGCCUCGAGCGACUUUGAUUUUUCGAUCAUAUUCAUCAUUUCAAAUUUAUGUGUUCUUAACUUUCUCGUUGGGAGCAGAUGGGCAUCGAACCCAGAACCAUUCGCUUACAAAGCAAACACCGUAACCAGUCAGCCACGGCCGCUCCUAAAUGAGUGAAAAUCCAUUUUUCUGAAAUUUAACACAUCGGGUCUCAAUCUCUACUCUAUGACAACCACAAUUUUGCGGUUCCGUCAUCGACCUCGAAAGCAAGAAAAACUAAUCAAAAACUUGUCCCCUGGGAGAUUGCGUCCACAGCGCGUCCCCCUCAUUUGUGGGACAACCGCUAACGUCGUAAUCAACCGGCUCGUACGACGAUUUCUUUUUGACAGGUUACAAUGUUGCGUGCCAUGUCUGUCGUCGUCGUCGGCGAUGCACGCCAGAUGAAAUUGGGGCCCGGAAUCAAUUCAAUUUGAUGUCGCGAGGCCUUGGUGCGUUUGGAGCGAGUCAUGUUAAAGCGACGGAAUGCGUGUAGAUAAGGGCCGAUUGGUGAUUGACAAGCCUAGCCCAAGUAAUUGGAUGGUGUAACGCACGCGUUUGAUGAAUUGACCAUUGUUUCGGCUCGAUUUGGCAGCUAAUAUGAUUGGUUUGCAGAACUGACCAAACCACAGACGCGGGUAACUUUCAGGUGUGACGUCAAUUAGUUCUGUGAAUCCUCGAAUCACCCAGUGUAAUCCACAGCUUUAAUACCAUAACGCAACAAUGUCUAGGGAGAUGAUCAGGGCUCGAAACUUGAAACGAGGCCACCAACCAGCAUGGCUAAGAAUCCGACCAUAACCAGUUUGACGCCGCGCAACGUGUAGGAAUUCUCGCCCUGUUUUCGUUGGCGGCAACCCGAAAACUAUUAUCUUCCCGUUCCCUGUCCGUUUCCACGUGGGUCCCCUAACCCUUGGCCACCCCGUCCACCUCAAACGAGCAAGAAACGCCGGUUUUGAGCCAUUUUCCCGAUUUGCCAUAAUGGCGUCCGCAUUUGACAGCUACGCCAUAAUGGCGCGCGCGCGGCCCAAUUCCGCAACAAUGUUUGCAAACAAAGGGCCUGCUUUGUUUUGCUUGCAAGCUCGUGCUUGGUGAUCUAGUGGUUAGCAAGGGAGAUCGAGAUCGACCCAAAGUACACAACAAAACGGGCGGGAAGAGAACGAUUUCUCGAUGCCUGCUGGCGGAUGAAGUCGAUGAUGAUGAUGCUGUUGCCGCUGCGUGUAGUUGUUGUUGGGACGAGCCUUCGACUCGGUUGUGGUUCCACUUGGCGUGACUCUCGCAAGUCAGUCUCAUCUCUUCUUUUGUUGUGGUCGCGACGGCAUAUAAAUGGCUGCUUCAUUUAUUAAAACCGUUUAAGAUUUAUUUAUUUUUACAAUUAGUCAUUGAUUAUUUUAAAUGGACGGUGGGUUCCCGGGAGGCUCGGGUUGGAAGAAAGCUUGGAGAAGAAAAAUGAUGGGACUUCUCUGUCCCGCCGCCGCUGGUUGGAACGAGGCCUUUGUGUUAGAUAUACCGGCUGUUAGAUGAAAUGGCUGUGAUAGAGGGUUUAUCGUUUGUCAUACGGAGCUUGAAAGUAUAGAGGCAGAGAUUACUCAAGAGUUCGUUUUGAUAGCGCAGAGUGACACAAAUUUCGCCUAAUUGAAGUUGACACUCUCCGGUGGAGUACACUGCCGGUUUCCGGAACAUUUGGCGAAAUUGCUUCCGCUCUGUGCCCAGCGCCUUCCGGCGAAACUUCAAAGCAAUUUUAAGCCCCAUUAAACGGCGUGACCUGUGGACAAUGCAAUCCCAGCGCCGCCGGAAUGCCUCCGGAUGACGCGCCCACGGCAGUUGCAUUCUUGGCGGCGCGUUUCUCGCUAGGUGUUGACUUGAAAUAUGCACCGCCAUUGCUGGGCAAAGAUUCCAUCGAUUAACCGGGAAGUGGCUCCGAGGGAGCAGGGUAAGGAGACGUGACUCUUGACCUGCGUGGAAUUUUUCAAAAAGAGGCAGUUGGAGUUGCUGAGCAGUGUUGUGAAUCUCAUUGAGCUCACGGUUUGCUCAAAAUGAACCAUUUUGAGACUUUUGAGCUGUCAAACAAUUCUGACUGAGAGAGCUCUCGUUUUUUCAAUCUACCUUUCAAGUUUCAAAACUAAAAGAGCUCACGUAAGCAGCUUCGUGAUGCUCCUUUGAGCUCUAACGGGAAGCUCAACAUGAGCUUUUUAGUGACCCUUGAAUUUUCAAAUUAUUCUUACAGCGAGAGCUCACGUUUUUUCUCAAUCUCUUUCUCAAGUUUGAGUUCUCUGAGAGUUCUUAUUAGCUUUCAUUUGUGUUUUAAAAAGAGUCAGUUGGAGUUGAUGAGCAGUGUUGUGAAUCUCAAAGAGCUCACGAGAAGCACAAAAUGAAUUCUUUCAAGAACCUUAAGCUGUCAAAUAAAUCUAAGUGAUGAGUGCUCUUUCUCUCUCUCAUGUUUCAAAACUCAUGAACCCACGUGAGCAGGACGGUGCUCUUUUAAGCUCUCUAAGAGUUCUUAUUAGCUCUCAUGGUUUCAAAUCGCUCGUGGGCGCUCGUCAAAAUCAAGAUGCAAAAUGACCAAAUUUAGCUCAAUUUUCAACUCUGGAUCUUGUUUUGAGUAGUUGUGAACUUAGUCACAACGAGCGCUCGUUCACUCACUACGAGCAAGAGCCAAUAGAGCUCAUCCCGUUGGUUUUACAACUUUGGAAAUGGUUUCGAGAGCGCUCAUGUUCAAUUAUUUUUUGAGUGCUCAAAAAGAGUAGAAUUCAGUCGUUGAAAUCAGGAGAAUGAGUAGAAGAUUAGUUUAUUCCAACAAAGGUCCCCCUACCCUACUCACACACCUCUUUUCGGCCUCAAAGUCUGACUCCACGUGUGCUUCGUCAGAACGCCGUUCGAACGGCGGGCAGCCCUGGGGGCCCUUUCGGGCUUGUCGCUACCUGUGUUUGCGCAUUCUGGCGCGGCACGGUGUACCGCUGCUGAUUGCGAAAAACAUUACCGCAAAAGGAUGGAGACCCGCGGCCGGGCCUGGAGGGCAAUUGGUAAAACGUUGAGGUUGAAUUGUUAAUUGUUGUUUGUGGUUGCGUAAUGCUGCGGAAAAUGUGUUUGAAUGCAGGAGUUGAUUGGUUGAGUGGAGUUUUGUUUGAGUAGAAAUAAUGCAAAAAAAUAAUAAUUAGAAAUACUCAAUGACCCUUGAUUUUGUACAACUGACUUCUUCAGAAUAGCAGAGCAAAGUGCUCUCGAAAUGGUAUCAGUGAAUGGCGUAAAAUCAGUAUUUUCAAAUGUGGUUCAAAUAUUGACGAUCUGGCAACCCUGUCUAAAGUAAUAGGAUUUUUAGUGAAAAAUUACACGCAACAUUUUAAGAUCGAAUAAAAUGAUUACACAAUCGACUUUUAUUUUGUAUUUGUUGUAUUUGUAUAUUAGAUUUCUAUCUUAUAAUUUUGAGUUUUAAAAUUAAGAUGAGAAUUUCCUUAAAUGACUUUGAACUAAGAGUUAUUUCAUUCAAUUCAUUAUAAAACCAAUUAUCCUAGCAAUCGCUCCCCGAAUCCAUUAGCAAAUCCCGCGCAACUUCAAGUUCAAGCAAUCCUCGGACCACUCCGGGGUUUCAAUUUCAAGCGACCGCGUGCCCGUUUUCCCCGGAGAUCCAUUACCAGGUGCCUGUCGUAACUGUCCUACUUUACCACCCCCGCCACACUUCACCCCCUUGGUCGGGGUGUCGUCACGGAAAAAAAACCCAGCAAAAUGAUUUCUGCUUUUAGUCGGUAAUCAAACCAUUAAUCUUUUUUCCCUUCUUCAAAGAGCUAUCACCUGGAGUUGGAAAAAAAGUGUGCGCUUUGUUUCAGGCCGCGCGGCCACGCGAACACAACCGUUGUGGUGGGGGACUUGAUGGACAUUUCCCAGGGCAUCGGAGACCACCGCCACCACCACCCACAACGUGACUAAAUUUUGCGCGGGGGUUUCUUGCACUACACCACCCUGAGGAAUCGGGGUUCGAACGGUGGGGGAGGUAAGUGUCAUCGUCACGUAAACCCCGUAAAAAUUGUUACCUUUUUUCAUAGCUUGGGGUCCGGCGAUUGUGGUGCGUGUGCCGAACGGUUGGCGGCUUCCGCAGAAGUGACCCCGUAAAUGUCCCCAUCGAUGUGCAGCAGGGUGAUGGGGGCGGUGUGGGGGUGGUUUAAUGGAGUGGACAUUGUUUAUUGACUUCGGGGCUAGAAUUUAGUGGCUCGUGUUUAGCCAAAUCUAGCGGAAGCCAUCUGGCCGCGGGAAUUGAACUUGGGCACGGGUGCAUUGCAGGAGGGUCACAAAGGUGAAAUCAGCUUUGUUUCACAAUUUGUUUGAAUGCAAAGAUGGCAACACUGAUUAAAUUUUGACGUUUCGGUUUCAGUGAUGCCAGUUGGCCUCUGGUCGAAACGGGCUUAUUUCAAAAACGAUGUUUUAAACGCUUUUAGGAUCCACUUUUCUUGUUGAUGGCAACACUGGUUGCAUUUUUCAAAUGUAACUGGUAUUAUUAGAUUUUACCAACAAGGAAAAACGUGCUUGAUACAAAUAAGUUCAAGAGUUUGGAUUUUGACAAACUUGUUUUUCUGAUUUUAAAUCAGAGCAACACAAUUUCCAACCAAGUUUACCCCAAAUUGACCACAUCAAAUCGGAUCACCAACAAAUGCUCAUUGCACUACAUGGAACCACUUUUGAUUGAAUCCAUUCAGGCCCGAGUCUCAUAAAAAUCCCAGAAGUCUCAACCUCAACGAAAUUAUUCACGCUCAAUAACUCCUCGACAUACCGCCGGGUGCCAACUUGGCGGUCAAUUUCAAUUUAGAGAAAACCGUGUCGUCAACGAAGCUCGCUAUAAAACUCAAUUAAAACCAAUCAACACAAUUUUAUCGCCACCGAUUAACCAGUGAGACUGCUCUUUAAACGAACAAACACACAGACUACUGCAUUCAGCAUUCGACUUAUUGCACUUUAUUGCAGAGCAUUACUAAGGCUAGUGACUGGUUCAUUCUUUUUCGGAAGUCACUUGAAACCAACUGAACUCACACGCGCCAGCCCAUCUUAUCGACUGAAGCAGGAAUUAACUGCCAGACCGUAAAAAAUCAGUUAAAUUUUCCCCACUUCACUUCAAUUGGUCGUGGCGAGCGCACUUUAAUCUGACCCCACUGUAUGCUUUCCCGGAAAAGUUACUCUAUCGACGCAGGAGGCAACCUCGAGUUGCUAUAAUCAAUCUAAAAAAGGUGCAGGUGGUUAUGUUACACAUGACCAGUAUGACAAAGAACUUUGCAAGAUGGUUGUUGAAAUUUUCGAUUACAUUGUCUGGUCCAAAUUUCCCAAGAUUCACUAGAUUCAUAAUUACCAUAAAAAUUGAUACCCAUUUUGCCCCUACUCUUAUGGUUCGGCAAAUGUCCCCCCAUCGGAACAUCACCGUGGCCUCCGGCCACUUCGGAUUGUGGCCACUUCUGCUGAAAUGUCAAAUUUCAUAUCUAGUAUCAAAAAUCAUAAAGUUUGAUACCCAUAUUGCCUCAACUCUUAUGGUUCGGCAAAUGUCCUCCCAUCGGAACAUCCCCGGGGCCUCCGGCCACUUCGGUUUGUGGCCACUGCUGCUGAAAUGUCAAAUUUCAUAUCCAGUAUCAAAAAUCAUAAAGUUUGAUACCCAUAUUGCCCCUACUUUUAUGGUUCGGCAAAUGUCCCCCCGCCCCUCGGAACAUCCCCGGGCCUCCGGCCACUCCUGAUUGUGGCCACUACUGCCGAAAUGUCAAAUUUCAUAUCCAGUAUCAAAAACCAUAAAGUUUGAUACCCAUAUUGCCUCUACUCUUAUGGUUCGGCAAAUGUCCCCCCAUCGGAACAUCCUCGGGGCCUCCGGCCACUCCGGAUUGUGGCCACUACUGCCGAAAUGUCAAAUUUCAUAUCCAGUAUCAAAAACCAUAAAGUUUGAUACCCAUAUUGCCCCUACUCUUAUGGUUCGGCAUAUGUCCUCCCAUCGGAACAUCCGCGGGGCCUCCGGCCACUCCG